AUGGCAGAACAUCUCCAAGCUGCGGUUGGAUCCCUCCAAUCCUCCCUUCAGGUUCUCGAUUCCUCCAUCUCCACCCUCGAUGCCGGCAUUAGCGACUUUCCCCGACUAUGCAAGGUCUUGCAAACCACCCGACACUUUGAACUUCUCCCCGAACCUACCCUGCGCGAAGCGCAACAGUCUCUCCUGGAUGAAAUCACCCCAAGCAUCGCCCACCUACUAUCCCUAGCGUCGAAUCAUGUUGAGAAGCUCUCCCGGCGGGAACAGGGCCUCCGAGCCAAGUGCGAACUGCAAGAAGGACGACUCUACUCUAAUGAGAGUCGCCAGCCAUCCAGACUACGUAGUGCCUACGGUGAUCGACAGGGCGCUUCUGGUAAUGCGGCAAAAGCGGCCGAGUUGAGGAGACUGGUCCAGAAGAAGGAACGUCUGCAGUAUGCAGUGGAGCGAUUGGAGUUGCAGAGUACACAGAGAGAGCGGCAAUUACGGAAGAGUAUGGCUUUUCACUGA